AUCGUGGCACUUCCUUAAGGUGUCACAAUAUAUCUUUAAAGCUGAUUUCACAUUAAGAUUUUUGUGCACCGACUUUUCUUGUAUUUGCUCAAAAAGACUUAUCCGAAUUUUGGGGUCUGCUCUAUCACCAAUCUUUCCAAACCCUAACCUUCGGAUCAGGUCUGAGCAUCCAAGUUCCGAGAUCUGUGUGCUCCUGUUAUCUUCUACUCUCAGCCAAGUUUCAUGUCUGAUCUCGACGUCCAAAUUCCUACCGCUUUUGAUCCCUUUGCCGAGGCAAAUGCUGAUAACUCUGGUGCUGGAUCAAAAGAUUACGUGCACAUCCGUAUACAACAAAGGAAUGGUAGGAAGAGCCUGACAACUGUGCAGGGGUUGAAGAAAGAAUUCAGCUAUAACAAGAUACUGAAGGAUCUCAAGAAAGAGUUCUGCUGCAAUGGUACUGUCGUUCAGGAUCCCGAAUUAGGCCAGGUUAUUCAACUUCAGGGUGACCAGCGGAAGAACGUUUCUACAUUUCUUGUCCAGGCUGGAAUCGUGAAGAAAGAGCACAUCAAAAUUCAUGGUUUCUGAUUGCUCUCUUCAACCUCAGCUGCACAGUUAUCAUACUUGUUAUGUCAGUGCCGGAGAUACCAUCAAAACUUAGUUCUACUGAACUUGCUAGUGUUUAAUUUCUGCUGGUUUGAUAUAAAACACUGUAUUUGCUUCUCUAUGUUCUGUGUGCCGAAUAUGAGUUGUGUAAUAUUUUCAAGCACUUCACUUAGUAACGAUGAUAUAAUUGAGUGCUCAA